GCAGCAGCAGCAGUAAUAGCGGCAGAGUAGUAGUAGUAAUAUCAGUAGCAAUAGGAAAAAUAACGUUACGCUGGGAGAAGGAGGAGUGGUGUGUGGUGGACUGCUCUUGUCGUCGUGCUCGAGCGCAAUCGUGCGGUAGAGUACUGCGAAACGGUGUGCGCGAAAGGCUGCAUUCUCGCGCGUUUGCCUUCCGACCUAGUUUUCGCACGACGCCUUCCCGAUUUUCGACAGUCUCUUUAGUUCUCUCUCUCUCUCUCUCUCUCUCUCUCUCUCUCUUUCUCUUUCUCUUUCUCCCUCCUUUACUCUUUCCAUUUUGCAACGACGACUCCUCGUAGUACGGCCGGCCUCGCUCGGUGUUCGUGCGGAUCGAUCGCACGACGGAAUGAUGUCGCUUUGUACUCGUUGAGAAGCUCAUGUGUUUCCGUGCUUCUUAUUUUUCUUCAUCGUCUCCAUCGUUGCGUUGUCGUAGUCGUGUGUUCCGGCCUCUGAAACUUUUUCUUACUGUCUCUUUUUCUGAUUAAAGAGAAAGGUUGAUAUAGGUAGAUAAAGAAAGAAAGAGAAAGAGAGAGUGUGUGUGAGAGAGAGAGAGAGAGAGAGAGAGAGAGAGAGAAAGAAAGAGCGAGAUAGAUAGAGAUUAUAGACAAAGAGAUAAGUUCAAACGGAAAAUGCAAGACACAGCAGAUAAUUCGUCCAAAUCGGUGCUUCUAAACACCUUCGUCGUGAAGAAGAAAAGAUGUCGUGUGUAUUUUCAUCGUGGCACCCUCAUCUGGGAAACGGAAAGACCACCUUAUACAAGAUGGUCGCUUCCAAUGACGGACGUUCUGGCGGUACGGUACGGAGAUGAUUGGAUUCAUGGCGUUAAUGUCAAGGAAAAACAAGCGUCGACCUCGCCCACGUCACCGAUAGUAUGCCCAACGAAUUUCAUUUUACAUUAUGCCGUGAGAGGACCGAAAAACAAAUGGAGUCAUCACAGUGUUACCAUGAGCCAUACUGACCCUCGGCAGAUUGCUUCUUGGGUGAAAACCAUUCGAAAUUAUCUUUUAGGUAUGACGUAUCGUCCGCGGAAAGUGAUGUUAUUCGUGAACCCCAUAGGUGGUAAAAAGAAGGGCUUGAAAAUAUGGGAAAAAGAUGUACAACCUUUGAUGACCAUCGCUGGUAUUGAAACGAAGAUGAUGAUUACCGAAAGGGCAGGACACAUACGUGAAACUCUGCUUACAGCCGAUUUGAGUGACCUUCACGCGAUCGUUUGUAUCGGUGGUGAUGGUACCUUCGCUGAAGUUUUUAAUGGUUUGGUCUUGAGAGCUGCCAAAGAACAACAAAUCGAUCCAGACGACCCAGAGGCAAGAUUGCCAUCUCCCACCCUACCAGUCGGUGUUAUACCUAGCGGGAGUACAGACACUGUGGCCUAUAGUUUGCAUGGUACGACCGACGUGCAAACAGCGGCUAUACAUAUCAUUUUUGGCGAUACAACUGGAUUGGACCUCUCCUCCGUCCAUAGUAAUCGUUCCUUAUUAAGGCUUUACGCGAGUGUUCUCAGUUAUGGAUACCUCGGUGAUGUCAUACGCGAUAGCGAGAAAUUUCGAUGGAUGGGACCUCAGAGAUACGAUUAUUCUGGUUUCAAAAAAAUUAUUGCCAACAAAGGAUACGAAGGCGAAAUACAAUUACUUUCGGAUCCCUGUCAUCCGGCGGCAAGUACGAGGUGUAUGAAAAAUUGUUCGAGAUGUUUGCAACAUAUGCACAAUAGCGUUCCUGAUAAAGAAAUUUCGAGGUGGUUGACAGUUCAAGGUAAAUUUUUUAUGGUUAACGGUGCGAACGUUUCAUGCGCCUGUUCGAGAAGUCCAAUGGGUUUCAGUCCACAUUGUCACAUAGGCGAUGGUUGUGUCGACAUCAUUUUGGUUCGGCAUACGUCCUUCAUAAACAAUAUUAGAAUGUUGCUGAGACUUUCUAGCAAACAAAAAACUCUGUACGACUUACCCUUCGUCGAGGUGUACAGAGCAAGAGAAUUCACAUUCCGUGCCCUGCCAACGUUGCAUUUGCAGACUGAAAACAAUGUCCAAAGGUCACAGAAAACUUCAGGCCUUAGCGUGUGGAAUUGCGAUGGCGAAGUGAUCGAAAAUUCUAAUGUCAAAAUAAGGGUACACUGCCAGUUAUUGAGCGUUUAUACGAGACGAGCUCAAGAUUCGGUUGCAGACUCGUCGUCUUGUUUUUGUUCCAUAUGAACAUUGAGUUUUACUGCUGGUACUAAAACAAAACGAAGAAAGAAAAAGAACAAGAAACAAGAAGAAGAAAAAGAUGGAGAAGAAGAAGAACAACAACAACAAGAACAAGAAGAAGAAGAAAGAAAAACAUCGCAAUGUAAAACACGAAUAAUUAGGAGAGAACACGAUUGCAAGAUUAGUAGUAUAGUAAUUCUUUCGGUGGCUUGCAAUGAUGGCAUCGAAAUCACAAAGUUCCUUUUCAAGCUUGCCCUCGAAAAUGAUAUAUCGUCAUUAACGAUACCCAUCGAGUGAGCUAUUAAAUCUUUGUAUCGUUUGAUGAUGACAAAUGACCAUCGAAUACGUCCUCAAGAUAAAUUUCCAGAGUCAUUCUUAUGGCUCCCAUUAAUUCGAGAAAGAGAUAGAGAGAGAAAGAGAGAGGCAGAUAUAGAUAGAUAGAUACAUAGAUAGAUAGAUAGAGAUAGAGAGAGAGAGAGAGAGAGAGAGAGAGAGAGAGAGAGAGAGAGAGAGAGAGAGAGAGAGAGAGAGAGAGAGAGAGAGAGAGAGAGAGAGAGAGAGAGAGAGAGAGAGAGAGAGAGAGAGAGAGAGAGAGAAACAGAGUUAUUGAUAUAUUUCUUUUAGUGAAUUACUUCCCAAAUAUGAUUCUAUGUCCAAAUGGUCUUCUUGAUAAUUAUGUUAUAUAUUAUAAUAUUAAUAUUGAUCCCAUUAUUAUUAUUAUUAUUAUUAUUACUAUUAUUAUUAUUAUUAUUAUUAUUAUUAUUAUUAUUAUUAUUAUUAUUGUUACUAUUACGACCGUCAUUAAUAUUAUAUUAUCAUAAGUAUUAUUACUAAUGAGUUAUGCAUAGGCUGACUUAUAAAAAAAAAUCGAACACAUAGAACGUGAUAGUCGUUGUACAUAGAAAAAAAAAAGAAAGAAAGAAAAGAAAAGAGAAAUCGAUUUGCAUUUAUAACGAUUUCAUUGAAUUUACAAUGAAGAAAGAUGAAAGAUUGAGUAAACAUUAGUCGUACUGUGAUUGAGCCUGUGUUUAACUGUUUUCGUACUUAAUAAUAAAGAUUCGAUUAUUUAUACUUGCUGGUAGAUUCUAGAGCGUGUCUAGAUCUGUGAAAAUUUCCUUUUGAAUACAAAAAAAUACAAGCAAAUUGAGUUUGAACAGUUCAUGUAACUGAUAUGAAAAGUUAACGAGUAUCGUGCUCUCUGCUUUUUCUUUUCUUUUUUUAGGACUCUCUCGAGUGAUUUUGAAAGAAAGAAAGAAA